CACGCCCACCAACAGCCUGGCCUUGUUUACGUGAGACAAAAAGCAGCCUUUGGCUUUUCCUCUGCAGUUUUUCCUCAAAUUCGAGUGAUUUUCCGCAUUUUCAUCUUCGUCACUGCGUCGACACCAACAAGGACGAUGACGGCGAGUGGCCCUUCGACCUCAGGGUCGGGGUUCCUCAGCCAGAUGAAGGAAAAGGAGAAAUACCUCGAGGACUUCGACUUUCCCUUCUGCGACGAGGUCGGAAAGUACGAAAAAGUGGCCAAAAUCGGACAGGGAACCUUUGGGGAGGUUUUCAAGGCAAGAGAAAAGAAAAACGUGAAGAAAUUCGUCGCCCUGAAAAAAGUGCUCAUGGAAAAUGAAAAGGAAGGAUUUCCUAUAACGGCCUUGAGAGAACUGAAAAUUCUUCAGCUGCUAAAACACGACAAUGUUGUGCAUUUAAUCGAAAUUUGCCGAACAAAGGCAUCACAGUUCAACAGGUAUAAAUCCACAUUCUACCUGGUGUUUGACUUCUGCGAACAUGACUUGGCUGGACUGCUGUCCAACGUCAACGUUAAAUUUAGCUUAGGGGAAAUUAAAAAAGUUAUGCAGCAAUUACUGAAUGGACUUUACUACAUUCACAGCAACAAAAUUUUGCACAGAGACAUGAAGGCUGCCAACGUUCUGAUAACCAAAAACGGAGUUCUCAAGUUGGCUGAUUUUGGUCUGGCAAGAGCGUUUAGUGUUUCCAAAAGUGGACAACCGAAUAGGUACACGAACAGAGUUGUGACCUUGUGGUACCGACCACCGGAGCUUUUGCUCGGAGACAGAAAUUACGGACCUCCGGUUGAUCUGUGGGGUGCUGGGUGUAUUAUGGCUGAAAUGUGGACCAGGAGUCCCAUUAUGCAGGGCAACACUGAGCAGCAACAGCUGACCUACAUUUCUCAGCUUUGCGGUUCGAUCUCGAAAGAAGUGUGGCCCGGAGUCGAGUCGCUCGAGCUCUACAACAAAAUGGAACUUCCGAAGAACCAGAAGCGGAAAGUGAAGGAGCGUUUGAAGCCGUACGUCAAAGACCCGUACGCGUGUGAUCUGCUGGACAAAUUGCUGAUGCUCGACCCAAAGAACCGAGCAGACAGCGAUUCUGCCCUGAACCACGACUUCUUCUGGACGGAUCCAAUGCCGAGCGAACUGUCCAAGAUGCUGGCCCAGCAUUCGCAGAGCAUGUUUGAGUACUUGGCGCCUCCCCGCAGGCCUGGGAACAUGCGGGCCGCCCACUCGCAGCAGAUGGCCCAGGCCAGACCAACCAGCACCUUGGACAGCGGCUUUCAGGACAGGGUCUUCUGAUAUUAGAGCUUUUUUAAAUAAAUAUUAAUGUAUUUUAUAAUUACGCUUAAAUAAUUGUAUUGAUUUUUACAUUCAAAUCUUGCUGUUGCGGAUAUUUUGAAGAAGGAGGUAGCCCGUUAUGGCAAGUCCACAAGCCUGGUUGAGAUAAAUUCAGACUUUUUAUAAACAAAAUUAAAUAGGAUUUUGCUUACGCGCAAGAAAAAUUCCAAUGAAAGGGUGUAGAGACCUGCGGUUAAUUUUAGAGGCUUCUGAUUGGCGUUGGACAUCAUCAGCAUCAUGUCGAUCUCCUCUUGCUUCCAAUCCUCCCAAGGCCAAAAGUAAAUUUUCUUUAAAAUUUCAUAAGACUGAAAAUUGCACGAAUAUUAUUUUUUGUAAAAAAAAGUAUUUAACAUUUAUACUUUGUGAAUAAUCUCUCCCCCGUAUCUGCAGAUCAGAUAUAGAUAGAUGAACUGAGUGUAGAACCCUUGCAUGUACAGCACCUUUUCUUUUAAACUCAGGCCAGGCUGUUCAAAAUGAAUUUUUAGUCUUGAAAAAAAAAAUUGCUAACACUUACAGCGGUGGCUCGAAA